AUGUCCACUAUUCAAUUCUUUGCCACUUUCCAGAGUACAAUCUCAAAACCAGCAGAAACGAAGUCUGGGAAACCUCAGAAGCAUGAAUCUAGCGAUUCGGAUUUCGAAGCUGUUGAGGGAGAACUUGAUCGUGAUAUCAAAGAAAGAGACGAGCUUGCCGCAAGAAUAAGGAAGCGUGAAAAGGAGAAAACUAGAAAUGUGCUCGAACAGAAAAGGAAAAUACCAGACAAUAAGGACUUGGAAGAUCUAACCAUUGAUAAGUUGAGAGAAGAGUCUAGAAGGCAAUAUUUAGCUAAAAGAAAGGAUGAUAAGCUUGAUGAACUUCGCCAUGUGGUCGCGGAUGAUGAGACUCUAUUCGCGCAUGAAGAUCUCACAGAAAAAGAGCGAAAAGAUAUGGAGUAUCGCAAAAAAGUGCUUGAAUAUGCUGAACAACACGAGAAGGCAGCGGAUAUCAUGAAGACUAAGCGUUACUACGUUCCUGAUGCAAAAGUUAGAGCAGUCCCGACGGAGUAUAUCGAAGAACCAGAAGAGUAUCGUCAUGGAGGAGAUGGUGCUAAAUGGGAACAGGAGCAGCUUUUGGCAAGUAUGCUCACUUAUGGAGCGAAAGAUGCUAAGCUUAAACAAGAGGAAUUCGACUUAUUGCUUGAUGACAAAAUCGAUUUCAUUCAAGCUUUACAAAUGCCUGGAACGCUGGAAAAGCAACAGGCUGAAGAACUCAGCGCUGCUCAGAAGAGGAAAAUGACAAUAGAGGAAACAAGGCGAUCAUUGCCUGUCUAUGCUUUCCGUGAACAGUUCAUUGAAGCUGUAAAAGAACAUCAGGUGCUGAUCAUAGAGGGUGAGACAGGCUCUGGGAAGACUACUCAGCUACCCCAGUAUCUCUAUGAAGCUGGUUUUUGUAAAGACGGUAAGAAGAUUGGAUGCACCCAACCUCGUCGAGUAGCUGCUAUGUCAGUUGCGGCCAGAGUAGCUGAGGAGAUUGGAUGCAAGUUGGGUAUGCAAGUUGGCUACAGUAUCCGUUUCGAAGACUGUACGUCGGAGAAAACCGUUUUGAAAUACAUGACUGAUGGUAUGCUUCUGCGAGAAUUUUUGAAUGAGCCCGAUCUAGCUAGCUAUAGUGUAAUGAUGAUCGACGAAGCUCACGAGAGAACUUUACAUACUGAUAUACUCUUCGGUCUGGUGAAGGAUAUCGCUAGGUUUAGGAAGGAUUUGAAACUUCUUAUCUCUUCGGCUACUCUGGACGCUGAGAAGUUCUCCACCUUUUUCGACGAUGCGCCUAUAUUUAGGAUUCCAGGAAGGCGAUUUCCUGUGGAUAUAUACUAUACGCAAGCUCCGGAAGCAGAUUACCUAGAUGCAGUUCUAGUCACUAUUAUGCAGAUCCAUUUAACGCAACCUCUUCCUGGCGACAUCUUAGUAUUUCUUACAGGUCAGGAAGAAAUCGAGUCUGUGCAAGAGGCCCUCAUGGAGAAAACGAAAGCUCUUGGAAGCAAAAUCAAAGAGCUUAUACCAUUACCGAUCUACGCCAAUCUUCCAUCCGAUCUCCAAGCGAAGAUUUUCGAACCGACACCGCCAAAUGCGAGGAAGGUCAUUCUCGCUACGAAUAUCGCGGAAACGUCAGUCACUAUCGACGGCAUCUGCUAUGUUAUAGAUCCUGGAUUCUCCAAGCAGAAUUCUUUCGACGCAAGGAGUGGUGUCGAGCAUUUACAUGUCGUCACGAUAUCGAAGGUUGCAGCGCAACAACGAGCUGGAAGAGCGGGAAGGACUGGACCAGGAAAAUGUUUCCGAUUAUAUACAGCUUGGGCUUACAAGCAUGAACUCGAGGACCAGCCUAUUCCUGAGAUCCAAAGGACAAAUCUAGGCAAUGUUGUGCUGAUGCUGAAGUCGUUAGGAAUUCACGAUCUUGUGCAUUUUGACUUCCUCGAUCCACCGCCUCAGGAAACUUUGGUAAUAGCUUUGGAACAACUGUAUGCGCUUGGAGCGUUGAAUCAUCGUGGAGAAUUGACAAAACUCGGACGGCGAAUGGCUGAGUUCCCUUGUGAUCCUUGCAUGAGUAAAAUGAUCAUAGCCAGUGAGAAGUAUGGAUGUUCAGAGGAGAUUAUCACCAUCUGUGCCAUGUUGUCGUGUAAUGCCGCAGUAUUUUACAGGCCGAAAGCUAUGAUCAUCCAUGCGGAUUCUGCGCGUAAAGCUUUUUGGAGUCCUGCUGGAGAUCACAUCACGCUCUUGAAUGUUUACAACAAGUGGAAAGAUACAAAUUAUUCACAGCAAUGGUGUAUGGAAAACUUUGUGCAACACCGUACGAUGAAGAAAGCGAGAGAUAUUCGUGACCAGUUGGAAGGCCUCUUGGAAAGAGUAGAAAUUGAGCCCAAAUCAAAUCCAUGCACCGUCGCUAUACGAAAGGCCAUCACUGCUGGAUAUUUUUACAACUGCUCAAAACUGGACAACUCAGGCCAUUACAAGACUGUCAAGCACAAGCACACUGUACAAGUACACCCGAACUCCUGUCUUUUUGAAGAAUUGCCUCGUUGGGUGGUAUAUUACGAACUUGUCUUCACUAGCAAAGAAUUUAUGAGAGAGAUUAGUCAAAUAGAAAGCUCAUGGCUGUUGGAAGUCGCGCCUCAUUAUUAUAAAGGUCGUGAGUUGGAGGAUCCCACAAACAAGAAGAUGCCAAAACAACGAGGUAAAUCGGCGGUGGAGUUACAUGGUUAGCAGAGAUUUUGUCAGAGUUCUUCUUCGAGAAUCGGGUGAUAUAUGACAUUCUUGUUUACCUCUAUUCUUCAUGUUGUUAUACAUAUUGUACAGCGCUUCUUCUUUAAGAUCUGUUCCAGUUUGUUUUGAGAUUCUUGUUGUUAUC